CACCACAUCGGGUAACUGACACCAUCUGGAACAUGGUCAUAGAAAUGAAUGAUCCCGAACUCCUGCAAUGUUUGCUACAAAGUGCCGAGCGAGAAAUACAUGAUGAUGAUUGGUCCAACGCGUUACUGUUUACCGCCUGUGUAAAAGGUUCAUACCGAAUCGUGGAAUAUUUAAUAAGCUGUAAGUUGCCUCUGGAUAAUAAAGAUGCAGAGGGUCGAUCUGCGUUAUUCUAUGCAGUGCUAGGUGGUGAUAUUAGAACGUUCAAGCUGCUCAUGGAUAAUGGCGCGAAUUUGCACCAACUCGAUAAAAAUGGCGCGAAUCUGAUGCACUACGCGGUUGAAAGUAUUAACCAUCAUGACUUUGUCCAGUUAUUACUCGAGAACAAUGUAAACGUGAAUGUUUGCUCUAAAUACAAUGGCAUGCCGUUGCAUCACGCGAUUUACAGGAAUUGGUUGUUCACGAUUAAUUCGUUGGUAGAAAACAAUGCUAAUAUAAGUAGGGGGGACUUAUACGGAAGAAAUCCGUUUGUCGCUGCUAUUGAUAUUGACUGGGGUAUCGCUGACUAUUCGUGUAUGAAUUACCUACUUAGUCAGAAGUCGUUGGAUAUCAAUCAGGUAGACUUGGAAGGCCAGACUGCACUCCACCACGCAGUUAUAAGGGGAAACGUUAUUGUUGUGCAGCAAUUACUCUACCACAGAGAUACAGAGGUCAAUAUUCAAGAUUAUCAUGGCAGAACCCCCUUAAAUUAUGCCAUAGAUGGUAACUAUCUUACGAUAUUGGAACUCCUGUUGGACUUUGGAGCGAGUGUAUCUUGCCUGUACGACUAUCCGAGGUAUGAAUUUUUGAAGACUGACGUCAAGACUUCGCUGAUGAAGUACAUGAUCAAGAGAGAAGUAGCCGACUUGCAGAUAGAAAACAGUUUGAGAACAAUUUUGUGCGAUGAACAGCAAAUCAAAAAAGAUUGCAAGUACUUCAGGAAUGUAUGUAUCAAGGAGGUUGAGUUGUUGAAGACAAUGACAAUGGACAACGGCAAGAUAACGUAUUAUCAGUUUUUGCAUGGCGACAGGGAUAGAUUGCAUUGGUACACCAACNAAAAAAAAAACAUUUAA